AGGGAUAGAGAAAGCAGCAGGAAGAGAAGAGGGUGGAGUGAUUCAACGCGCUGACAUUUCCUUUCCUCCCCCGGGCAGCAGCAGCAGCACACCUGGUCCCCGGAGCGGCAGCGGGUAACGGUGAGCGAGGAGGACGGCGCUGUGGACGGCGCUGUGGACGGCGUGGGAAGCAGGCUGCACCGGAGGAGCCGCCGCUUGUUCCCCAGAGUCUCUCCGACUGGGAAAAAUCAACAGGCAGCAUGGGUGAGGCACCGGUCACAGAAGACACAGUGACUCGAUCCGCGGAGUAUGUGGGCUCAUUUCCCGUGGAUGACCGCUGCUUGGAUGACCAGAUAGAGCAACUGCACAAUCAACUGAGCUCCCUUAAAACAUGCAAAAGAAGGAGACCUGUGUCCCUAAAAUUCUCCAUCAAAGGUGUGAAAAUGUAUGACGAAGAUGAAACGACGCUCCUGAUGGCUCACGCUUUGCGUAGAGUCUCCCUGUCCACCGCGCGGCCCAGUGACGCCCAGUUUGCCUUCGUCUCCCACAACCCCGGCAGCCCCGAUGGCCAGCUGUACUGCCACGUCUUUCGAGCCAGGCACGCCAGGGCGGCCCAGUUCCUAAACCUGCUGCUUUGCCGCUGUUUCCAGCUGUCUUACUUGGAGAAGCACCCAGAGGAGGCCCCGAAGGACUCCGUUGGCUCGAUGCCUCGUCGCAACCCCUCCCUGCUUAACCACGGCUUCCCGCUCAGCGUCAGUGCCCUGGUGUCCUUCAGGAGAGCCCCUUUUCAGGGCCUGUUGCCAGGGACUAAGAAUCAAAAGUCUUCCAAAGACCUGCACGGCAGCCAGGAUGAAGUCGGCCCCACGUCCUCCCCCUCCCUGGUGCGCAAGGAAGCCAUCCGCAACAAAGCGCUGCGCUCGGGGGCGUUCCGCUCCUUUACUUUCACGCCGCACAAACAGCGCAGCGUUCAGGAGCGGCUGAGCGCGUCACAAGAAAAGGACAGAGACGAUCCACCGGGGAAGAGAUCCCGCGCUCCGAGCUUGGCCGAAACCGAAGAAGCACUCGCUCAAGCGGUGUGGUGUUGGGCUGGUAUCGCAACUGAGAACAGCUUUUCCUUGCUUGCAGACGAUGUUUUGGGAUCAUACCUCCUGUGCACUCAUCCUAAAAAACCCAAAUGUGACUCUCUCGUCAUUCGCUUCCCCUCGGGCCUGAACACCUACCUCAUCAAACACACGAGUAAAGGGACAUUAGUGCUUGAGAAAUGCAAGACUGAAUUCAGUUCCAUAGUAGACCUGAUCGAGCACUACACAGAGUGUUGGGAUGAGCUGCCCUGUCUGCUGAGCUGUGCCCGGGUGAACCACUGUUACGAGUGGGAGGAAAGUCCCAGCAAACAGCAGGCUGCAAAGCCACACAACAGCCUGAACAAAGCCCACGUUAAAAGUACCCCCAGAAAGGACUGGGUCUAACCCCUUGACACUGGAACUUGUGGACUGCCAACCUCAGAAUAAGUGACAACUUUAAUUUUAUUUUGCACAUAUAUCCUACACUCGUCACCUUUAAAUCCUAAUCGGUGUUUUGGUUUUCUGGAGGCUUCACACACUGUAUAACACCAUGCACCUGUAACAGUUUGGGCACUUAUACAAGUCAUUUUAUCAAAGGGUACUUAUUUGUAAAAGUGUAUUUUGUGCUUGCUGCUUUUUUUUUUUUUUUAUAGAAUCUUUAAAAAAAUACUUUUAAUUGUGCCUUGAAGGUAUCCCAGGAAUUGUUUUUAAGAUGUGAAAGUUACAAAAUUGAAACUGGAGUGAAAUUGAUCACACAGAUUGCACCUGAUGACAGAUGUGCAUUUUUUUUUUUCUUGCAUUGUACAGAUAAUGAACAAAUAUAUUUGAUUAUUCCUUGAAUUUGAAUCUGGUUGACAUGUUUCUUUGUAUUUAGACAUUAGAGAUGGAUGGUACAUAAGCAGUAAUCCUAUACGCCAAAUAUGUUCUAUAGGCUAUCCUGUCUCAGAUGUGUAUCAGUGCACUUAUAUCAUGGCCAGUAGAAAGAGUUGUGUUCAAAUGUUGUGUUUUAAAAGUUUCUGGUCAUGUUUUGCAUGCAAUUUAAUAUACCUUGCACACUGAUUUUAACAUUGUUAUGAAAUUAGUUCUUUAUCAUAAGAUUGUGUUUGAUCUUAUCUGGGGGGUAUAGCAAUAUAAGUAACUAAUUUGAGUACUUAGUACCAUCUUUUUCACAAAGGCCAACAAACAUUGUUCAUAUUUUUCACUGCUGUUUGAGAUUAAACUACGCGUGUUCUGUUUUUACCAACAA